GAGAGUGAGAUACAGAAAUGGAUGCAAGAAAUCUCAUCCGAUUUCUCUUCCUCUCUUUCAUCAUCGCCCUCCUCCUCCUUCUAACUCUCAUCAACCUCCCACUUCCCGACAAGGCGGAGGAGCUUGACUGCUCCACCAACUCACGGUGGUGCACCACCAAAAAUCGCUUCUUCCAGUCCACUCUCAAAGAACCAUCCAAACGGACCAAACCCACCACCACCACCGUCCGCCACCACACCUCCGACGUACCCCACCACCCUCUUGACCCCCUAACCCUAACUGAACUCAACAAACUCCGUUCUAUCCUCCUCUCCCACUCGCUAUUCCAAAACUCCAAAACCUACGCCUUUCACUCCGUCGUCCUCGAAGAACCAGAAAAGUUCGACGUGCUGACGUGGAGCCACGGCGACCCUCUCCCGCCACGUAAGGGGUCAGUCAUUGCACGUGUCAACGACGUUACUCACGUGCUCACCGUUGAUUUAGCUACCGGAGAGAUAACUCCGGUGGACGUCGGUGAACACUCCGGUUACCCGACGAUGACUAUUGAAGACAUGACGUCAUCAACAUGGGCACCGCUUGGGAACGCUGAUUUCAACCGUACGAUCAUUGCACGUGGCAUUGAUCUGAAGGAUCUCGCUUGUUUACCGAUUUCAAUCGGAUGGUUCGGAAAGAAAGAGGAAAAUCGGAGGUUAAUUAAGGUACAAUGCUACUCCAUGGAAGGAACUGCAAAUUUUUAUAUGAGACCGAUCGAAGGGCUGACAGUUGUUCUCGAUAUGGACACGAAACAAGUGGUGGAGAUCAUUGAUAAAGGGAAGAACAUCCCGAUACCAAAGGCCGCCGGUACAGACUAUCGUUUCUCCGCACAAAAUACCAAAAUAAAUCUGGUUAACCCGAUAUCCAUCGAACAACCGAAGGGUCCGAGUUUUACCAUAGAAGAUGACCAUCUAGUGAAAUGGGCAAAUUGGGAAUUUCACCUGAAACCCGACCCGAGAGCUGGGGUGAUAAUUUCUCGGGUUAUGGUUCGGGAUCCGAAUACUGGAGAGAUGAGGAAUGUGAUGUAUAAAGGGUUUACUUCGGAGCUAUUUGUUCCGUAUAUGGAUCCUACCGACGCUUGGUAUUUUAAGACGUAUAUGGACGCCGGCGAAUACGGGUUCGGACUUCAGGCCAUGCCGCUUGACCCGCUUAAUGAUUGCCCACGUAAUGCUUAUUAUAUGGACGGUGUGUUUGCCGCCGGUGACGGAAAACCAUACGUCCGAUCAAAUAUGGUUUGCGUUUUUGAGAGUUACGCCGGCGACAUCGGAUGGCGGCAUUCUGAGAGUCCGAUCACCGGAAUGGAGAUACGAGAAGUGAGACCAAAGGUGACGCUGGUUGUACGGAUGGCGGCUUCCGUCGCAAAUUAUGAUUAUAUUGUUGAUUGGGAAUUUCAAACCGAUGGAUUGAUUCGGGUCAAGGUUGGAUUGAGUGGAAUCUUGAUGGUGAAAGGCACUUCCUACGUCAACAUGAACCAAGUCAACUCGCCGGAGAAUCUCCACGGCACCCUCUUAUCGGAAAACGUCAUCGGAGUCAUCCACGACCACUACAUCACCUUCUACCUUGACAUGGAUGUCGACGGCCCACAAAACUCCUUCGUUAAAGUCAACAUCAAGCGGCAAGAGACGGCAGCCGGAGAAUCUCCGCGCUUGAGUUACUUGAAAGCCGUUAGAAACGUUGCAAAGACGGAGAAAGAUGCGCAAGUUAAACUGAAGCUGUAUGAUCCGUCCGAGUACCACAUGGUCAACCCAUCUAAAAAGACGCGUGUGGGAAACCCGGUCGGGUAUAAGUUGGUCCCUGGUGGAACUGCUGCCAGCUUGUUGAAUCUUGAUGAUCCACCGCAGAAGCGUGGUGCGUUUACGAAUAAUCAAAUUUGGGUCACUCCGUAUAAUAGAAGCGAGGAGUGGGCCGGAGGAUUGUUUACGUAUCAAAGUAAAGGGGAAGACACACUUGCGGUUUGGUCCGAAAGGGAUCGUGCGAUUGAAAAUAAAGACAUUGUAAUGUGGUACACAUUAGGGUUCCAUCAUGUUCCAUGCCAAGAGGACUUCCCGAUCAUGCCGACCGUAUCAUCGAGCUUUGAUCUGAAGCCUGUUAACUUUUACGAGAGCAAUCCUAUUCUCAACAUCCCGCCAAAUUCCGAGAAAGAUCUGCCUGUUUGUAACACUGCUUCUUCCGCUUAAUUGCUUAAAUAUCAACAAAAAUGGUAUUAUGGUUGUAAAUAUUGUAUGAGUUUGUGAAAACUAGACGUUGUAGAACCUAAAUUAUCGACAUUUAAUAAACGGUCUAUAAAGACCCUUUUGCUUCUUGC